UACGGUUAUAUUAUUAAAAAAAAAAUCAAUGAAAACUGAAAAACAAAAAGAUAAGAGAAAACGUUUCAUUAGACAGCGCCACGUCAGUUGCAGAAGUACAGGAUUUUGUACCUCCAAAAUUACAAAUGACAGGAGGCCAGGGCUUUUAGAUUUCAGAACAGCAGUUCAGUUUCGGUAAGACACUGGUCUGGUCUGGUCUGGUCUGGUCUGGUCUUGGUCUGGGCGAGGAAUUGGAUUGAUGGGAUCAGCUGUGCCUCAGCCAUUCCACUUCCAGUGGGAUUUAUGGGACCCAUUACCAUCAUCAUCAUUCAGAGUUGGACCCACACCUAUCCACGUCCUCGCCACAGCAACUUCUCUCCGCCUCGGCCACCUUCUCCGCCACCAGCUCCGCCUAGGGUUCCUCCUCCGCUCCUCCUUCAAGAAACUCUCUCAUCUAUGUAAUGUGCCUAGAUUGAAAGACGUUUGGUCUGAAACAACUUCCAACUUCACGGAAAUUGACAUUUUUCAGUUUUCAAAUGAUGCUUUCACGUCUUCAUGUUCAUCUUACUUAUGUUUCUUCAAUGGGGAAGAGAAAAGAAAGGAGCUUGGAAAUGAGGGUAGUGAUAAUAGAUCAUCAAAAAUGGAAACUUCCUGGAGAAAUUCAUUUAACAGAAGGAAAUGGACUAACAUCCUUAUAGCAAUUAAUGUCUUAAUUUAUCUUGCACAACUGGCAACACAAGGGAAGCUGUUGCUUUGGGGAGCUAAGAUCAAUAGUCUUAUUGACAAAGGACAGAUUUGGAGGCUUGCCACAUCUUCUCUUUUGCAUGCAAAUAUAGGGCACCUUAUGGUCAAUUGUUAUUCUUUGAAUUCUAUUGGCCCUACUGUGGAGCAUAUAAGUGGACCAAGGAGAUUUCUUGCAGUUUACACUGCAUCAGCUAUUUCAAGUGCAGCUACGAGUUACUGGUUUUGCAAAGCACCUGCAGUUGGUGCAUCAGGAGCAAUCUUUGGAUUAGUUGGUUCUGUUGCUGUGUUCGUCAUGAGGCAUAGAGGCAUGAUCAGAGAUGCCAAAGAUGAUCUACAACACAUAGCACAAGUUAUUUUCAUAAACAUGGUUAUUGGGCUAAUCUCCAAAGGCAUCGAUAAUUGGGGACAUCUGGGAGGCUUUCUUGGUGGAGCAGCAAUGUCCUGGCUUCUUGGACCUGCCUGGAAGUAUGAAUCUAUGGCCAGUGAUGGAAGAAGAAUAUUCUCAGACCGAGCACCUAUUUUUUACCUUAUUGACAGAAAACGAAAACCUCGAUAGACCAGUUGAAGUAUUGAAAAUCGUCAAUGUAUUCUCAUAAAUUUUGCCGCUUAAUUGCGAGGGCUCCGGUUUAAGUUAAUUGUAGACGUACAGAUGUUUGCAUAGUUCUUUCCGUAAAUUUGUAUUCCCCACACCAACAACCCUUUUGUCUUCCGAUUCAAUAUCAUUUCUUUCUACCAGUUCCCUGAAAAUGUUUCUUUUUGAGGUUUUCCAUUUCUUGGCGGAAGGACUGUUAAUAGA